AUGUUAUCCCAAAGCUCCAUCGUCCUGGCGGCCCUCGCCCUCGCCCUCGCCGGGCCGGCCUCCGCCAGCUACGCCUUCUACGUCGGCAAGGACCUCACCGCCGACGGCAGCGUCAUGGUCGGCGGCACCGGCGAGGAGGUCUCGUCCCACUGGCUGCAGCUGUUCCCGGCCCGCGACCACGCGCCCAACGCCACCAUCACCGUCGGCGUCACCGACAAGGCCAGCAUCCCCGGCGAGCUCUUCGCCAUCCCCCAGGUCGCCCACACCUACCGCUACCUGUCCAUGGAGUACUCCGACUUCGAGGGCUUCCCCGCGCCCCUGACCAACGGCGGCCUCAACGAGAACGGCGUGACCGUCCGCGACGUCUGGGCCCAGAACCGCGAGGAGCUCGUCAGCAUGACGCCCACGCCCCAGCGCGGCGUCCAGUACAGCGACCUCGCGCGCAUCGUCAUGGAGCGCGCCCGUACGGCCCGCGAGGGCGUCGAGAUCAUCGGCGACCUGAUGAACCGCUACGGCGAGGCCACCUACGGCGGCAACACCCACCUCGUCGCCGACAAGGACGAGGGCUGGGUCGUCUGGGAGAUGGCCGGCGGCCAGAAGCUGUGGGCCGCCGAGCGCCUCGGGACGGACGAGGUCCGCGUGCUGUACCCGGGAUACAUCGAGGACUUCCCGACCGACUUCGCCGCCAGCCCGGACCACAUGGCCUCGGACAACAUCGUCUCCUUCGCCGUCGAGCAGGGGUGGUGGGACCCGGACGGCGGCGCGCCUUUCAACAUCUUUGACGCGUACGGCGAGAAGGGCGACAAUCUCACGGCGCGCGACGGCGGCUUCAAGUUCAUGUCCCAGGCCGCGCUCGAGGAGGCCACGCGCGCCAUGGCGCCCCUGACCGAGGAGAAGCUCAUGGAGCGCGUGCGCGACCGCCGCAUCGCCGACGACGAGGCCGGCUACGGCCAGGUCGUCAGCCUCAAGGCGGGCGUCGACGCCGACCUCCUGCGCGUGUGGAACGCCCCGGCCACCUCCGUCUCGUCGCCCUUCGUGCCGUGGUGGCUCGGCGUCGGCGGCGUGCCCCCGGAGUUCGGCGAGCACCGCUACCUCACCACCGGCGCCUCCGCCAGCUUCCUGAACCCGGACUACCAGCUCCAGGAGGCGAGCGUCUUCGCCGGCCGCGUCUUCAAGCGCGUGCUCUACUACAUGUGCUCCGCGCCGGACGCCUACCUCCCCGUCGUCACGCAGAUGCUCACGGGCUUCGAGAACCAGAGCCGGAGCGACAUCGACUGGGUCGAGACGGGCGCGAGGGUCCUCAUCGAGAACGGCGAGCGCGAGGCCGCGCGGUCCCUGCUCACGUACUACUCCCACAGCCGGGCCGCCAAGGCGCUCGACCUCGGCAGGACCAUCAACGACGCGCUCGACGGGCACGUCAAGCUGACGGGCCAGUGGCGCAGCCCCGUGGGGAGCGAGAUCAACGACGCCGGCGAGGGCGCCGAGACGGUCAACUGCCUGGUCGGCUAUGACCCGGACCAGCCGAGCUGGAGGCAGCCCGCGCAACCCACCAAGCGCAGGAGGACUAUGAGGAGCAAGAUGGUUGUCCAGCGCAGGAGGGGCUAG